AUGCGCAAGCAACCUAGAUAUGUGAACAAAGUUCCUUUCAAGGUUCUAGAUGCACCAGAUCUAGCGGAUGAUUUCUAUCUUAAUCUAGUUGAUUGGGGUAGUAGUAAUAUACUGGGGGUGGGAUUGGCAUCCGCCGUUUAUAUGUGGGAUUCUAUGAAUGGUCAUGUUACGAAGCUAUGUCAGUUGCAGGAUGACACUGUAACUAGUGUUAGCUGGAUUCAAAGGGGGACCCAUCUUGCAAUCGGAACUGGAAAAGGAUUAGUACAAAUUUGGGACGCAGAACACUGUCGACGUCUACGAACAAUGACAGGUCAUACACUCCGUGUUGGCGCUCUAGCCUGGAACGACCACAUCCUCACGUCCGGCUCGAGAGAUCGAACUAUCUUCCACCGCGACGUUAGAUCUCCAGAUCAAUUCCUCCGCCGUCUAACAGGCCACAAACAAGAAAUCUGCGGCCUCAAAUGGAACACAGAAGACGGCCAACUAGCCUCAGGUGGCAACGACAACAAGUUAAUCGUCUGGGACAAACUGAACGAAACCCCCCUCUUCCGCUUCUCCGACCACAUUGCAGCCGUCAAAGCCAUCGCCUGGUCCCCGCAUCAACAUUCCCUCCUUGCCUCUGGAGGCGGAACGGCAGACCGCACCAUUAAGUUCUGGAAUACCCUCACCGGCCACCAGGUUAAGGAGGUCGACACGGGCAGUCAGGUGUGUAAUCUGGCCUGGUCGAAGAACUCGGAUGAGAUCGUCAGUACGCAUGGGUACAGCCAGAAUCAGAUUGUUGUGUGGAAGUAUCCGCGUAUGGAGCAGGUUGUGUCGUUGACGGGGCACACGUUUCGAGUCCUGUAUUUAGCCAUGAGCCCUGAUGGGCAGACGGUUGUGACGGGGGCGGGGGAUGAGACGUUGAGGUUUUGGAAGAUUUUUAAUAAGAAGGGUUUGAAGGAUGAGGGGGGAAGGGACAGUAAAUAUCAUUCGUAUGCUACUAUUCGAUGA